GCUAAAACCAAACAUUCAAAAUUUCAAACCUUGACUGAGAAAUUCAAGUUGUCAAACAACUUAAUCCGAAUUUCCCAACUAUUAUUAUAAUCAUCACAGCUUCCUUUCGCUGAUCGUUCGAUGGUACUCUUGGCUGCUCAGAAAUUUUCGAAGAAACUGGAGGAUCACAACAAUCACACUCAUCAUGAUCAUCACCAUCAUCAUCAAUCACACCACUUUUCAUCUUCCCUUCAAGAUUUUCGAUCCAUAGCUUCCAAUUCCAUUUCCCAAUUACCUCAAUCUGAAAUCCUCUCCCUCUCAUGGAUCCACAAGUUCUUUGGCCUCUUACCCUCAAUCAACAGGGCUUUCGCUAAGCUUCUGGUGGAUAUCGAUUAUCCCAUGAGCUCAUGGGAUUCUGAAUCGGUCCAAUUGUUUCUCCGGUAUAGCGUGAAUUUGCUUGAUCUUUUCAAUUCGAUUUCUUCUUGUCUUUCUCACCUCAGUCAGGCUCGGAUGUCCCUGUCUCAUGGAUUGAGUCUCCUGGAGAAUUCGCCCUCCUCGGCGAUGAAACAUCUGAAAUCGAUUCCGCCUGGUUGUUUCAACCUUAGUUUCGAUGAAGAUACGAAGGCGGAGGAUCGCGAGGCCAAGGAUUGCUCAGGUAAGCAAAUGGUUGUUCAUGAAGCUGUAAAUGAAUUGAAGAGGAUUGUGUUCUGGGUAUGUGGGAUUUUCUUGUCUGGCUUAUGCAGCGAAUGGAAACCCUACUUGGAGAUGAGAAAAAUUACAGGUGGUUUUGAUGAUUCUUCAGUUUUCACGCUUGAUUCCAGAAUCAACGAACUGAUGCUGUUAGAGAAAAUGCCUGUGUUGAAAGAGAUUGAAGAGAUCAAUGGUUCUGUGGCUAAUCUUCUUGCUGCUUCAGAUGCUGAGAAACUUGAUGCAUCCAUGGGAUUGCAGAAAGAACUUCAUGUGUUGGAGAAACUCAUGGACGAUGUGAGCGAGGAGGUGGAUGAAUUGUUUGGCAGCGUUAUGACUCAGAGAAAUGAGUUAAUCGAUUGCUUUAGAAUAACCACCACACAAACCCAGAAAUCCACCGCUUGAUCUGUAUUUAUGUUCUUGGUUUGUUUGACUCUCAUAUAAGCUCGUUGUAAAUUCUGAAUCUUAUUGAUUUGUUUGCACAGCAAUGUCUAAGUAUAUAGAAUAGUUUCAGAUUCUAUUUGGAAUGAUAGAUUCAAAUUUGCUGUAAUAGCAGACAAUAUUUCAGCCACUAGUGUAAGUUCAUUCCCCUGUUCUUUUUCUUCUCUUGGACUGUUUGUUUGGAUGGAAUCGAGAAGAACAGCAGAAUUCGUGAUCGUUUCUAGUGUACCUUACAAAGAUGAAUGAUUAAACUUGCUAUUUUAUAUUA